AUGGCAGAAGGAUUUGUAGAAAAAUUUGAAGGGUCCACUCUAGAAGAAGUAGCAGAUAGCUAUCUAGUAAAACUCACUUUCAGGAACAUGCUACAAGUUGUAACGAGGAACUCAUAUGGAAGGCCACGGAGAUGUAAAAUGCAUGAUAUUUUGCGGGAGCUUGCUCUAUCAAUAUCAGUCAAAGAAAAGUUUGGUGUUGUACAUGAUGGAGGAGAAGAAAUGAUAAAAUGCAAAGCACGUCGCAUUUCAAUUCACAAAACCGAUGGAGAAUUCAAAUCAUUUACGGGUACGUCAAAGCUCCGUUCUUUUCUUGUUUUUAACAAGUCAUUGAAAACAUUGCCUUCAGGAAGUAAAAUGUUAAGGGUUCUAGAUUUGGAGAAUGCCCCCAUUGAUGAAUUGCCUGAUGAAGUAUUCAAAUUAUUCAACUUAAGAUAUUUGAAUUUAAGGGGAACUUUACUGAAGAAGCUCCCAAAUUCCAUAGGAAGGCUCCUUAAUCUUCAAACCUUGGACAUUAGAGACACACAAAUAGAGGCCCUUCCUCGUGGAAUAGGAAAGUUGCAAAACAUGCGGCAUUUAAUAAUGUAUUGCUACACUAAAAAUUGGAAUGACUUCAGAUAUUUUAUUGGGAUGCAAGCACCAUCAAAUAUUGGGCAGUUAAAGAAUUUGCAAACCUUGUGUAGUUUUGAAGCAAAAGGUGACUUGAUAAGACAAAUUCGGAGCAUGACCCAACUUACCUCGAUUGGUAUUGACAACGUGAAAGAAGCAGAUGAGACGGAUUUAUGUAUCUCAAUUCAAAACAUGAGACUUCUUAGGGUCUUGGCUAUCAAGGUAACUAAUGAGGAGGAAACACUUCGAAUGGAUGCACUCUCAUGUCCUCCUCCAAACCUUCAAAAGCUUUUUUUGACUGGAAAAUUAGAGAAUGUGCCACAGUGGUUUCGUUCACUUCAAAACCUCACAGAUUUGGGUCUGCAAUGGUCAAGACUAGAAGAAGAUCUGCUCCCUCACAUCGCUGCUUUGACCCAUCUGGGACAUCUUACACUUACUAAUGCCUAUGUUGGAAAACAGCUAUGUUUCAAUACAGGCUUUCCUAAGCUUACAGAUUUGCAAAUUCGUAAUUUCCCUCAAUUGAAUGAGAUAAUAAUAGAAAAGGGGGUGAUGCCAAAUCUGAAAUCCCUAUAUAUUAAAACUUGCAUGGAGUUAAAGACAGUGCCCAAGGGCAUUGAAUACCUUCAAAAUCUCCAAGAACUGGUUUUGGCAUCUGUCUUAAUGGAACUUCAAAAUCGCAUUGAAGGGGAAGGAAGUGUGGAUUUUCCAAAGGUGCAGCACAUCCCAAAGAUCUACAUCUGGUAA